CUUUGAGAACAUCAGCUGUGUAAAACAAAAGGGAGGGUGAUGUCAUUUGUGAAUCGAACGUCUAUUUCAACAAAGCAGUCGCAUCUAAAAAAUAUGUGUCUCCGUUUGCAGUUUACCAGGCACGGCUACCCCCAGGGACAUGAAAAGUACCACGAUAUGUGAGCAGAGCAUGGGCAAGCGUUAUAGGAGUCUCUGUAUUCUGUCUUCUGAGAUAACUCUCAAUCUGAAUGAGUUAUAUAAACUGCAUAGCAGCUACCCUGAACCCUGAACUUGCAGGACCACGAUCUGAAAUCCAGACGCAUCCACCACACAAAAACACAAGAAGAUGUCCCAAUCCAGGGACAACGAGGACCGAGGAGGCAAGGAGAAAGACCGCGGUGCCCGUCCCAAAGUAAGACAGGGGCGUUCAGAGGAAAGGAGGGAGUGCAGCGGACGGAGAAGAGGAAAGAAGAAGUGCCGGCUGCCUCAGGCACAGGCAGUGAACCAGACUUUUGAAUAUCUAGAGAAUUUAAACGCAGGGUCGCCUAAGAGCAAAGGGUCACCUGUUCUGGAGAGGAGAAAAAGGCUCGGGCAGGAAGGUGCCACCACCCUUCAGGAGCUAGAAUCAGACAGUUUAGUGGUGGUGGAGGAGGGUGGAGGGGGUGUCAAGUUUCCCGGCGGCCGAUCCUUGCGCCAGAAGAUUCAGGAUGCUGUGGGGCAAUGCUUCCCCAUCAAGAGCCAAAACGCUCAGUCGCCCACUUUGCCCACCUCACGGAGGAAGAUCCACCUUAGCGAACUCAUGCUUGAUAAAUGCCCCUUCCCGGCUGGAUCUGACUUAGCCCAGAAGUGGAACCUCAUCAAGCAGCACACAGCACCCAUUUCUCAGCCUGCUUUACUGGACACUCUGGGCAGCAGUGGUGGAAGUGGUACAGUAGGAGUAAGCGGGUGCGACACUAGCUCUGGGAGUGCCAUUGGUUGUUCUUUGGUUGUAGUCGAAGACGAGGAUGACCGAUUGAGGGCGAGGAGGCGAAUCAGUAUUGAGCAAGGAGUAGAUCCGCCACCCAAUGCCCAGAUCCACACCUUUGAGGUGACCGCCCAGAUCAACCCUCUUUACAAGCUGGGACCAAAGCUGGCACACGGGAUGAACGAACUGGCAGGGGAUGACCGGGCCACUUUACAGCAGCUACGGCUGCAGCAGGAAGAGCAUCAGCUUCUCCAAAAUCCCUUGGACACCUUGGAAGAAGCAAUGCAGGUGGCCUCUUCUAACACUGCUGCUCCUCCUCCUUCUUCAUCUUCUUCUUCUACAACUUCUUCUCCUUCUGCAUUGGUAGUGGCUCCAGCUGCCCAACCAACUUUACCUCCAGCCGCCCAAGAGGAGCUCUUCAAAUUCCAGGAGAGCUACCGGGUCCACACCCAAAUUGAUUACAUUCACUGCCUGGUUCCAGAUCUUCUCCAGAUCACCAACCUGCCCUGUUACUGGGGUGUGAUGGACCGCUACGAGGCUGAAGCCCUUCUAGAAGGCAAACCAGAAGGUUCCUUCCUGCUCCGUGACUCGGCCCAGGAGGAUUACCUUUUCUCGGUCAGCUUCCGUCGCUAUGGGCGGUCCCUGCAUGCCCGGAUCGAGCAGUGGAACCACAAUUUCAGCUUUGACGUUCACGACCCCAGCGUCUUCCACGCUACCACUGUCACGGGUCUGCUGGAGCACUACAAAGACCCCAACUCCUGCAUGUUCUUCGAACCUCUUCUCUCCAACCCGACCCACCGCACCGCUCCUUUUAGUCUUCAGCAAAUCUGUCGUGCGGUCAUUGACAGCUGUGCCACCUAUGAUGGCAUCGACGUCCUCCCCAUCCCUAGCUCGAUUAAGGAGUAUCUUAAGGAAUACCAUUACAAGCAGAAGGUGCGUGUUAGGAGGCUGGAUACACGGUGGGAGAAGGCAUAGUCUUUACUGCUUCUCUUAGCUGUGGCUCACUACAAACUAGAGUUAUGGCCAAAAGUUUUGCAUCACCUAGAAUUUUAGGAUGGAGACAUAAUAAAAAAUAAAAAAUAAAAACUGCAUGAGCAUAAUUUAAGUAUUUUAUUUAACAUCAUGUAAUCAAACAAACGACUAAUUAAUAUCACAAAAAGUCUACCGGAAGCCAUAAUAGUAGUACAAUAUUUCAUGUUUGAUUUCAAAAUGUCACAUUUUUCAAUUUUUGUCAGUUUUUAGUUAAGUAUCUGGAGAACUACAAAGUGGUAUGUAAUUCAAUAUACAUGACAUUAUUCAGCAAGUUUCUGUCGACUUUAUGAGGCAAAAUUAGUUCAAUAAGGCAAUGCAAAACUUGGCCAGAGCUGUAGAUAUAGAAAAUAAACAAUAAAGGACAAGCUGGAGAAUAAGAACAUAAACUGAACGAGCCGAUUGGUUCGUAAAUGACUCUAUUGGCUGUCAGCUUCCAUCCAAGGCAGCAAUAUGGACUACUAAAGUGGAUUGCACUGGUCUGACGUGACACAUUUCUUUCCAUUUUUUUUUUAUUUGGUGACCCGAAAUGAGGGCCGGUAUUCUCUAUUUUCUUUUUGCGUACUUUUUAAGGAUUCCAAAUCAGGAAUUGAAGCUGGGCAAGAUGUCACUGAAGUGGCUGGGAAGGGCAACUACUGGCCUGUUGGUUUUAAUUUAUCCUCUUUUGGUCAUGGAUUUUUUAUGGGGUGUGGAAAGUUUAAUAAACCAUUGCAUAGCCAUUUGAGAACCUGUCCUGGGAAACUGGUGCUCCUGAAAGUGUUUUUUUUUUUUUUCCAAAAUGUAAAAGCAAAUGAUUUUUCAAAUAGCGUCAAAGCGGAAACAUAAGCACAGAGUAUAUAGACUGUUACGAGUUUAGUGCUCCAAGCACCUCAUUAUUGUAGUAGUCUUGAUUGCACCAGCUAAUGCCACAAAAUUGGCAAAAAAUAAUUUUAAAAAAAGAAAAACAAAAAUGACAUCAGAACAAUUUAGAAUUAGGCAAUGGAAAUACACCUACAUACGUUACAAAAAAUAAAGUUGUACGUAGUGAUUAAUAGGGAUAGUUGGGUUUGACCUGCUAUGCAAUGGGGGUUUGAGUUAUUUCCAUGCUUGCAUAUAUUUCCGCUGCACUCAAAAUCGCACUGAACUACUGAGCUGAGAAGAAGCAAGGCGAAGCUUCUCAAAGCUGAAUAAAUACUGACAAUGGCAUUAUCCACUGCAAAAGAAAAACCUAUCUUCAGGACAUCAACAUGAACCAGGCUAGUGUUGCCCAAAUUGGGCCAGUUGGACCUGGUAGCCAACAGUAUGUCUGUCUCUUGCACACAGCAUCCCUACCCCCUGAUGCUUAAGUACUAUUGUUGUGUUGCUCUUGUCUUCAAUACCAUACAUUCCCCCAGAAUUUUUUUUUUUUUUGAGGUGUGCUAGUUCAGCAGCCCACAACACACAAACAGGUGCUGGAUGGGGGGUUGCUAGCAACUUGUGCAACUAGUACUUUUGCAACAGUUUGAAAGAGGUUUUGAAAGAGGAACCUCCCCCCCCCCCCCCCCCCCCUCUUUUUUUUCUUUAGAAACAUAGUGUGGUUUAUUUAACAUUAUUGAUUAAGGAAAGCUGGUGUGCAGGUAUUUAGUGUCCAAUGGAUCGGCUUAUGACAUUCAGUGAUCAUUUCUUUUAACGGUUUAAAUGAUCAUCAGUGGGUUACAAUGAAAGACCAUGGGCAGAGUUACCACAUGACUCCAUCUACACUAAGAUAGUUUGGAACAGUUCACUUUUCAACUCGCAUCCAAUGCAUUGUGGUAAGUGUAGUCCUGCUGUGAAAGGUACCUGAGACAGGUCAGACAUAUCCAGAAUGCAUUGUGGUGCAAAUUGAAAAGCCUGAACUGUGCCAAACUGCCCUAGUGUACAUGUAAGCAUAUGGUAACCCAAACCAUUGGUAUUAAAGGUUAGGUUGGUACACCAUUAAAGGGGAAGUCUAAUUUGGGCUUUUUAAGAUCAGUUAUAAGUGUAUGACAUAUCAUCAGUUUGUCCCAGCGUCUGGCAUGCACUGCAGGUAUCUGACAUUUAGGGUCUGUUCAAUGACGUUGCAGUGAAAACUAAGGAGACUGCAUUGGAGUCUUUUCUGCCAUUCCUAAAACCUGUGAGGCCUCUUGAACUGUGACCAAACCAACUUGUUUAAUUCAGUGAAGCCCCCGAGUUUUAUUUAACCAGGGGAGUCGACGUCAGGGAUCCGAAAAGAGACACUUCUCUGUAGGAAGGUGCUUUAAGUUGCAAUAUUGUACAGUAACAACUGUAAAUAAUGAAACAUGUUAAACUUUCCUUUUCUCUGUCAAGAUAUCUGGAAUUAGAACAUGCUGGAGACUUGCAGUGUCACUGAUUGUCGCUAUAAAAGGGCUUUCCGUUAGGAAUAAAAAGAACACGACAGUGCCAGGUUUGCUCACCAUUUCCACAAUCUGUUUUUCACCUGUAUAAUUUCAAGAAAGCAUCCCAAAUCCUUAUGCAUUUAGUAACUAUGGUUUUGAAAUCAAAUGCCUUUUACCCUUAAUUUGCUGAGCUUAGCCUUGUGCACUCUUACUAUUUUCUAAUGCAUUUGUCGACAUUUUCUGAAGACAGUGCAUGUUGGUCCGCACCAGUUUCAGGAUUUAAAACCUUUGUUACAAUUACAUUGAUUGCAACUAACAAAACCACUCAAAUAUGUUUUAAAACAUCGGGUUAAUGAAAUCUCUAUUUACAAGUUGUGCUUUCAGGUAGUGUUGUAUUUCCUAUGUUGCUUGCUAUGUGCUUCUUUCAAAACUACACAUUUCAGACCUGUAUGUAGCUAGUGGCAGCCAUGGAACUAUUAUUGUUGGUUACACCCACUUUAAGAGAUGUGAGGCUUGUUGUUUAUGGGGUACGGCACAAGCAGGUAGGGGUUAGAAGAAAAUCAAGCACAUUAAUAAUGGGGAGCUCAGGAGCAGGCCCAUUCACUGAGUUUAGCAUUGGAAGAGUGGUGUACAUAUGUAUAUAGUAGUGCCAAGAAAUGAUUCAGAGUAUUUUACAGCACUGAGAAAGCACCCUGCAUUCCAUCCACAGCAAUUGAACCAUGGUAUAAAACUAUGGAUUUAGAAAAUGGGUUAACUGAAUUUGUUUUGGUGCCUCUGUUCAUUUAGUAUGUCUAGCUUGUUAAAAUAAGGGCUUUGUCACUUUCCUAGCACAAACAAAGCUAAUUUGAAAUAUAUGCAUAGAUUAUGUAGAUAUAAACACAGGGUUUAAUAUUAGCAAACAGGUAAUGACUUUUGUAAUAAAAGUACUUUGUCUUUGAUGGCUGGGGGUUUAGCUGCCCUCUGUGUUGAACUCUGUUUUCUGAAGUUUUUGCACAUAACUGACCAAACCGUUUGCAGAAAAACAAGCUACUCCAUAUUCAUUAACUUGUGUUUUUUUUUAUUUUUUUUAUAAAAUGUUAAUACCAUGUUGUCUCGCUCGAAGUGUCUUGAACUAAGCAGUUUGCUUUGGGUGCUGAUGGGUUUAAAAGACAUUGUGUAACCCAUUAGAUCUAAAGCCUCAAUGUAAGUUGCCAUUUGCACUGAAGGAAAAACAGUAUGACUGUAUUUUGUUGUAUCGAGUACAGCACAAUUUGAGCAGAAUGCAAACUGCUCCAAAAUAAAUGGUUUCCUGAACUAAGGUUUUCUAGACCUGUUUGUUUCAUUCUAAUGCAAUGUAUCCCUGUGCCAGGCUACAAUACUGUACUAUUAUUAUGGCUUCCGGUAGACUUUUGCGUUUUGUAGUUUUUCUUGAUUACAUGAUGUUAAUAAAAUAUCUAAAUUAUGUUCAUAAAGUGUAUUUGUAUUUUUAUUAUGUCUUGAUCCUACAAUUCUAGGGGGAUAGCAAACUUUUGGCCAUAGCUGUGCAAUCCCCUAACUAGGGGUUGACUGAGUCUUGAUUGGGUUUGGUUUCUUUCUGCUACCAAUGAAAACGAACAGGCCUGACUUUAACUCAGUCUCAGCUGGAAACGUGGUAUUAGUUCACUGCUCCUGUAGACCUAAUCACAAUUAUUGGGCAUCACAAUCCCAUAUGUUCUAAUUUACAUGAAUGCUACUGAUAUUAUUUUGGUUGAAAUUGCUACAAUGGGGGCACUUGACUAAAAAGGCAAUGGAAAUCAACAUAAACAUUUCCACUCAUCCCUUAUUAUGCAGUUGAUCAUUUAAUUUAAACUUAAUACACUUAAGCUGCAAGAAGCCUUCUCUUCUGCAGUGCUGAUCCUGACAUGUUGCCAACCCCAUGCUCUUUUUAUUGGGACAGUGUUGGAUUUGUUGGAAUUCCUGUAAACACAAGCUAUGCCACAAAAGGACAUUUUGAGAAAGUUCUAAUUCAAAAUAAAAUAUUUUGUGUUGCCAGCAAGAGGAAAAUUGGGGACUGUUUAUAGUGACGUACCUUCCUCUAAACAGUAUUUGUAAAGUGAAGGAAAAUUUACUGCACAACAAUAAAGGAAGGAUGAAAACUGUUACUGGAUUUUAAAACCUGGAAGACAUUUGAAAAGUGAUUUAAGUCACAGCAGCUAUGAAACCUCUUAUUCAAAUUCUGAUUAUAUUAUAGAUAAAUUUGACUGUUAAGCUUGCACAAAUAACACUGCUGUUUGUUAAUGCUAAUUGUUAUGUUUUUGUUUUAAUGUUUUAAAAUGAUUAAAUGUAAAGUCAGAAAACAUUUUAUUCCUUUUUUUAGAACUGGUGUUUCACAUUUACAGUUGGUAGUUAGCAUAAGACUAUUGAAAUGUUUGCAACCCCUAGGUAUCUCAUGUUAAACAAAGGUGUUUGUUACAUAUUGAAGCUGUUCAAGCCCUGUAUGUGCUUUAAAAUUUUAAUUGAGUGAUUAAUACAUUAAUUACUGAGGGAAGGGUGGGGGGGACUAAUUGUGAAGUGCAGAAUAGAGUGAAAAUUAAAUUACAUUAUCUCCAAUGCCUGCUAAUAAAGCAAAAUCAAAAAAUAAAACAGUGAAAGCAUGUUUUGUUUUUUGUUUUUUUGCAAAAUAAAUAAACGUAGUACAGAACAAGAAAUGGACAAAUCAGUACAGGUGGCAGUCUUUUAAUUUAGCAUUUUGCUUUAGACAUCUAUUCAAAUGCAGUUUUAUUUUAAACCAGCUUUAAGGCUCAAGUGGUUUGAUGUGACGCCCACACACACACACACACUGUGCCAGAAGCUGUGCUGAGCUGAACCGGAAACAUCCAGAGCUGCUAGCAGAGAUGGCCCAGGUGUUGCUGCAUUCAACAAAGCAAAAAAAGCACAGUGUGCUCUCCUUCUGUCGUCGCCAACACCAAAACCUGUAGAGGAUUCCAUGUUGUGUGUAUCCAACAUGCUUCCAUUGUUCAGCCUUCUGUGCACUCUACUUCAUCGCAAAGCUGACCUUGUUGGUUGUCUGGUUUGUUUAUCCACUCAAAGGUUGUCACAUCCAAAAAAUGAAAUAUUUACUAUGGGAAGUUGUUUCACCUUUAAUGGAACUACCACAGGGCGUUUUUGCAGAAAUUAACUUUGCCACAUUCUUAUUUGAACAGGAAUUUUGUAUUUUGUUUGUUUAGCCAAUGCCUUUGUCCUAGGCAACUUACAGAGACUAGGGCGUGUGAACUAUGCAUCAGCUGCAAAGUCACAACUACGUCUCACCCAAAAGACGGAGCACAAGGAGGUUAAGUGACUUGCUUAUGGUCACACAAUAAGGCAGUGGCUGAAUAGGGUUUUGAACUGGGGACUUCUUGGUUACAAGCCCUUUUUUUAACCACUGGACCACAUCACCUCCUUUAGUAUAUAUAGUGUAAUAGUAUAGAGAGUUUAAAUAGUGUAAUUUAUGAAUCAAUUGUGGGAUUAUUGGGAAUAAAGGUGGAAUGUUUCAGGAGGAGGAGACCGUGCCCCCUCAGGUGUAGCCCUGACUCUGGCCCCGCCCCCUCUGGAUGCUCCUGACUCUGGCCCCGCCCCCUCACCUGAAUCGCAGGUGCUGCGGGUAAGAUGGCGGCGAGGCGAGUUUGUGCUCCUCCUGUUGCUAGAUUUUAUUUUUGUUUUUAUUUUAUUUUGUAUUGUUUUUUUUUUAAUUCUUUCCCUGCGGGAUAGCCCAGGAAGCAUGCCUAGCGUUUGUUUUCCAAACCCAAAUGCGGCACUUUUAAAUUGUUAUUUCUCUAUUUGGGAGGAUAAGGCGAAUUUGGCGUUUUAAAGGAUCUCUGAACAUGUACAGAUGAACCUGAAGUCUGGUCUCCAAGUAACUACACUUCAAGAUGAUGAACGAUCAUUACACGACUAAUCAGGUGCAUCGUGGUGUAACUAUGGGUACAGCGUUUGCUUAUACCUGCCGAGGCUACUGACUAAGUUUAAAUGGAAAACGAUGAUGAUCUGGGUUCAUUCACCUUGCUGUUCCUGCUUCUCGUUGACGGUGUCUGUUGCCAUGAUGAGGAGGAGUAAUGUAAUGUCUUGUUGAUUUAAACAAUAUUUGUAUAUUUUAUAACCCUGUAGACGUUGGUUUAUAUUCUAGUAAACGCAGUAUUUGUGUAAUUGUAAUAACACGCUGUUGUUGCUAACGUUUACAUGUGUUACAUUUACAGUAUGCCGAAUUUGUUUCCGUGUAUGUUUCUAUCAAUUGAUUCAAUAAAUGUGUUUUUUUUCUUUUA